CCCAUGGGAGGCGGGACCCCGGGAGGAGACAGACUUCCAGGCCACUGGUGAGGCCACACUGGGAGAAGAGAUGGCAGGAACCGGACCAGGGACAGGACCAGCAGCCCGCCUGUACCGGCAGAUCAAACGGCAUCCAGCGCUCAUCCCCAUGAUCGGUUUUAUUGGCUUGGGCCUGGGCAGCGCCGCUCUCUACCUGCUACGACUGGCUUUGCGCAGCCCCGACGUCUGCUGGGACCGAAAGAACAAUCCAGAACCCUGGAACCGCCUGAGUCCCAAUGACCAAUAUAAGUUCCUCGCAGUAUCCACUGACUACAAGAAGCUCAAGAAGGACCGGCCUGACUUCUAAAACUGCCCCGGGCUGCUAGUUUGCUGUACAAGCUCACUUGGGUCUUCUGCUGCCUGCCUGAAGACCAUGGGGAAAGAGGCAUGGGUCUGCACCCUGCCUCACCCCUGCUUCCACAGGCCCUGUUCCCACGCAGUGGGAGGCUGUUCCACCCCCUCCCUGGUCCCUUGCUCCCAGCAGCGGAAACGCCUCUGACCCCAGGCUUGCAGUCCCACGUGGGGGAGGGAGGGCUCACAGCAGCAGUAGGGACCCAAAUGGCCCCAACCAGCUCCCUGGCUCUGCAAGGGUGUGGUGCCUGCUACGUGUGGAGCGUGGCCGACAUGCUCCAGCAGCAGGAAGCAGGGCUUUCUGGUGCCAAAAUGACGUGGCAGGGCCCCACGUUCUGGCCCAGGCUCCUAGUGCCAGCCCAGGGGCGGGCUCAGCUCAGGCCCAACAGGAGCUUGCCCAGCCCGCCCAGGGUGGGUCGGUCCUCUGCCCAAGCCUGGUCCUCUGCCCGUCCGCCCACCCGCCACCAUGCACCUGGGCCUCCCUCUGCCUGCCAUUCUGCACCCCUCCCCUCCCUUGCUCCGUCCCCCGGGAUCAAACAGAAGCAGCCGUGGGCAAAAUACAAUUUCAUUUAACAAAUUGAAUUU